GGCAGAUAACUUGGUUCGAACGACGUAGCAGCUGGUAGAGGCUGACAACAUCCGCUGCGUACGCCUCUGAAGUGCCGUUUCGCAAUCAGCUCGUGGUGCUCGCAGCGAGUCGGAUGCUCGCUGGUGUUGGAUUGAUCGCGUCGCCAACUUUUGCGGUUUGUGACGCGACAUCGGCACAAUAGAUAUACGCCAAAAGCAAAGCACACCAGCUCACACAUAGGUCUGGCGCAACCUUUCCUUUGUUGCAUGCACCUAGAAGACUCUCGGGAGAGCCAGCUGUCAUCCGUGCAGCCUUGGUCGAUCCGCAGUGCAGCUCGGUUACCAGCAUAUUCUCAUUCCAUUGGCGACCGAGCCCUUCGAGCCAAUAUCAUGUCGCGUCGAUCAGCACGCACACGCACUUCAACAGGAGCCACUACAUCUCCGGCACGCUCAUCACCACCGAUGGAUGUUUUAGUACAGGCGAAUGGUGCGUCGCAAAGCGUUGCUGCCAGUACCAAUGCGGCUGGUGAUGAAAAUGGUCAAGGCGGGACUGGAGCUGAAGUGGAGACGCGAGUGGGAAGCAAGCGCAAACGCCCGUCGAGUCCGGAAACAAGAACGUCGGCAGGAGCUGAUCCAGGGACAGCGGAAACAGCGGUGGUAAAGUCAGCAGCAACAGCAGCAUCGCCCACAACACGCCGCGGUCCUGUCUGUCCACAAGUCCCCGCCAGUCCCGCAUCCACUGCAAGCAUGACUGCUGCGACAGCAGCUGCAUUCGGCGCUGCAGCCGCAGCAGCAGCCGCUGAGAAAUUGAAGGGCAGCGCAAAUGUACGGGUGCAAUUACAACCUCCAAUGUUCUCGCCUGGACAUGUUCCCGGCCCUGCAGCAACUUCAGUAGCAAUGACUGUCGUUCCAUCAAGCCAAGAGCUCACCGGCGAAGAGGAGUCUGUGCCCAGCCUGCAGGCACUGGACGCGUGUAAACCAAAUAAGUUGCUGCGAAACUAUGCGCUCUCAAAAGAACUGGAUGCAAGGGAAGGGAGAGUCAAAGAUAAAGACGAAGACGGAGAUGCGUCUCUCUUGGCUGAUGGUGGCGAUGCGACCCCCCAUGCCAAGCACGUACCACAGGCGCUCGUCAUUAAAAGUCAGCCGCAUGAUAAGGAUGACCUGCUGCUCAGAAGUGAGGACGCUUGGAAGCUCAAGGUAGUCUUUGAAAAGCUCGAACGCGAGCUCCGCACUGACGUGCUGCACAUGCACAUACCCGGCACACUCGAAGAGCCAGAUCAUGAGCAUGAGCACGAACAGGAGCACGAUAGCGAAGACCAAAUGGAGCAUGACACUGAGGCGGGUGAUGACGGCGCCUCUGCUUCCGCGUCCCCCACGGGGCGCGCUUCCCGAGGGCGUGGGCGAUGGGGCCGCCGGGGCAAGCGCGGCUCACGCUGGACCACACGCAAGCAGCAUGUCAAAUCCCGGAUACAGCAACAGUCGCACCCCGAGCAGCCGGGGCACCAAGAGUCUCAGGACGCGUCCGAGGCUCAGGCGGAAGGCGAUGAGCAGGACGAGCGCGCCCGCAAUGGGACAGAUGCCAUUGAUCCAUUGCCAGUGCCUCGCUUCGAGCUAGGCCUGCCUUUCAGCAGCAUUGAGGAAGCCCUCAGUAGGGCUGUCAAUGCGGCCGAGCCGGGCACAAGACUGUCCGACCUCAACGAUGCAUCGCGGGCCGCAGCGGCGCAAAUCCGGCAUGACCAGAGUAGCGCGAAGCUCGCACGUGCCGCAAAGAGUUCCGCUAAAAUGGACGUGGCGCUUACAUUAGAGGCAUUCCAGCAGCGUCGAAAGGAGGACGAGCAGGAGCAACGGCGUGCGAGCUCACUCAGCGUCCUUUGCGUGCUCGAUUCUUUCAUCCAUCAACUUGGCCGGCGCUAUCGCACUACAGAGCCGCGCCCAUUCGCAGGCAGAGAGGGGGAGGAAACUAUUGUCGCUCUGGAAACGCCAGGGAUGGCAGUUGUGCCCCAAAUGACACCGGCGAGCGAUAUCAAAAUUGAACCAGGCAUAGUCGGCCAACUUUCGAAGAGAGAGAAGGAUGUGGAAGAUCUGCUCCUUUCGCUUGCCAAGGAAGAUGCCCUUAGUAGAGCAAAACAUGAAUCGACGCACGCCGACGAAAACCCCAAAACAAGAAAUACGCCUCGGUAUGCGCAAUACGCACUGCACAUGCGUCUAACGGGUGGGGAUUACUUCACCAAUGCACGCUUCCUGGAAGAAGAGGAUGCACUUGCGCUUGAAACGGGCGAAGCGGAUCUUGUACACGUGCAGCCGACCAGUCUGGGCAGCAAGAGCAACGGCAGGAGCGUCCCGACACUGGGUGAGCGCGUGCUUCGGAAUGCCAGCUUGCGCCCCCCCGUGCCGUCUGCGGACGAGAUCCGCGCGAGGAGAGAGCAGAGGGUCGUCGGUCCCACGCACCUCUACUAUGGGCCAUGCGCUUCCUUUGCGCCCUCAUACGACACGACGAAUGCGACGCUCAGCUUUGGUGGGAGCAUUACCGCCCGUCUUGCUAAGAAGGAUCCGCGCACGCUCGAGCUUGGCCGGAAAUGGGUCCGGCCAAACCCUCAAGAUCUCUUGAAUCAGUUUGAAGAGCUGGAGGACGAUGGGGACGAGGCGAGCGAAGAACAGGAGGUGCAAGGGGAUGUUCGAAUGGGUAAAGAGCCAGCACCCAUAGCGGCCGGGGUAGGCCUGCCACUCCCACCACCGCCACCGCCAAAUGAGCUGUCUAGCGACGCGGUGGAGAAGCUGGGGGACAUCUUUGAUCCGGACGCUUUGCGAGCUGCUUAUGCGCAAGCGGUUUUCCAGCAAAGAGUGGAGGAGAAGCUGCGGGCCAAUAUGGCUCUCAUCGGCAAACUGCAGGAAAUGCAAUGGGAGCGAUUGCGCGCUCACGAAAAAGAGUUCUGGCGAGAUCCGCUUCUGAGAAAUACAGAGCAAUACUUGCAAGCGGAUGGAAGGGAGUCAGCGUUAGCACACGACCUGCUCGAGUCCCUCGCGGAGCUGCUUGGAAUGCGACCACACACGCUGGGCAAGGGCAAAGCGCGCAAUGCUCUCCCCAAACGCAAGACAUUCGCAGCCGCAGUCCAUUCGAAUGCGAUCGAUCCUGCGUUGCUUGACGACAAUGUCGACUCUGGCUAUUGGGGUACCAUGGCAUCGGCGACGCACCGCAAAAUGCCACGGGUGAUCAAGGAUCAGGAAACUGCGCGACAAGCUGAGUCUUCAGAAGCACAUUACCGUCACAAGUACGCAGUGCGAGCUGCCGGCGUUCGACCGAGCAGUAAGGGUUUGCUCACUGAAGUCGCUGCGGCGCGCAACUACGUGGGUAAGACGGUUGAGGAAGAUAUGCCCCUCCCCCCGAUUCCGAGAGCUGCAUCCCAAGUCCAGAGCACGGUACCGAGCCAAGGCACAGCAAGACCGAAUCCGCACCCGCAGCAGCAAGACAAAGGCAUGCCUGGUCCGACAGGCUCUGCGUAUCGUGGACCGCCUUACAACAGCACUUCGAUGGGGAUACGCGGCCCGCCGGCAGGAGGCGUAUCAAUGAAUGGCCGUGUUCUGCCAGGCACCUCACCAGGCGUACACACGCCCAUGAGUGGCCAUGUGCGCCCAUCGCUGCAAGUCGGUACCCCACACUAUCUGCUACAGCACGGGCCGUACAACGGCCCAUCCCAAGGCAUGAACCCUUUUGCAGGUGCUCUAUCCAACCCUCAUCCGAGCUACGUAGGCCCGACACUACCUAAUCUGCCAAAUGGUGCGCUCCGACAACAGUCUUACUAUGGUAUGGCCCACGCUCGUCGCUAAUCGCCAUCGACUCUGAGGCAUCAAAAUUUUCUCCACUUGCACUGCCUUAUUUGUCAGGAAAAGAUUCAAUAAGACAGACUUUUGACGGCGCACAGUUUACGAAGAUGCGAAUGCUGAGAAUGCAAAUACAUUAGACUCGUCACGCAUACACGAAAUUGUACCGCGACAGCAGGUGCGGUAUCGCAGCCAAUUGAGGACCGUAUCGCUGUGAGUUAUCAUAUAGCUCGAAAAGCGGGACGGCGAGCAGCUUCAUGUUCUUUGGCACUGCCAGAAUUU